CAUUUCCUCUCUCUCUCCCUCUCUCUGUUCUCUCUCUCUCAUCGAACUCGCCGCUUCUUCCGCUUCAAAACCCUUCGCCGUCCUAGGCGGCCUAAACCAUAAACCCUCUAAAUUUGUCUUCCAUUCACAUCCACCAACCACCACAUAUGGCUGCGACGGCGGUGGCACUGUCCUCUUCCUCCGAGAUGGGUUCUGACGGCCCUGUUCUUAAUUUAAUCAACAAGCGCCUCCGCGCCUUGCGCAAGAAACUCAACCGCAUUACCCAAAUGGAAGAGUCUGUCUCCCAAGGGAAAACCCUCAACAAGGAGCAGGAGGAAACCCUACGCUCGAAACCGUCGGUUCUUGCGGGGAUAGAUGAGCUGGAAAAACUCCGCCAGCCCCUUUCGCAGGCCGUGAAUCAAGAAAUUCAACUGGCUUUGGAGAAGAAUAAGCAAAGUCCGGAGACUACUACCGAGGAAAGGACGGAGGAGGAAGGAACCCUGGAGCCUGGUGCGGAUGGGGAAAAAGAUGGCGUUUCGGCUGUUUCUGAUCUGCUUGGUUUGGUGUAUUUUGCGAGCAUUUUUGAUGUGAAGACUUUAAUGAGGGCGCAGGAUAACAUGCUGACGAGGACGCAUGAGAGGAAUUGUUGCCUCACAUAUGAUUACGUGACAGAUGAUGACGCCGCGGGUGAUCCUUUGCAAGAGUGGGACUUGGACCUGAUAGCGAUGUUGGGGAGUCUGUUGAUUUCUCGGCCUGUCAAUUCGAGCUUGUCGCAUAAGAAUGCCUUGCAGACGUGUGUGGAGCAUGCAAAACUAUGGCUCGAAAAAUCUGAGCAGCCCAUUGACCCCAACUUGAAUAUCACUUAUGCUGGUUUGAGGGAGAAGCUAGACAAAAUUAUGGCCUCUGACUACUUCACAACGACUCCAGAGAUAAAGGCUCCCGUUGAAGUGGCUGCAGCUGUUGGAAAUUACACCUCUUUUCAGGUUCCUAUGCAUGCGUCUGUGAUUCCUCAAGACAGUUUUACUCUUCCAGUGGAAGGUUCAGCUGCAGAGUAUGAGCAAGAGGAAGAAGAAUCACCAAAUUCCAAUGGCAAUGAAAUGUACGGUGAUGAAACUGGCCCUGUUGAAGAGCCUCAUCAGGCGGGAGGAUCUGAGGGAGAAAAUGUAUCAGAACUCCAGGCUCAGGCGGAGCCAGGAAUACCUGAUACGGAAGAAGAUCAGACCUUAAGAGAUAUGGACUUGAAGGAGCAACAGCAUACCACUCGAAGGUCACACCAAAACUACAGAGGUGGUCGUAGUGGCAGUGGGGGGGGCCGCAGAGGAUAUGCUAAUGGUCGGGGGGGACGAGGAACCACCAGGGGAGGCUAUCAAAACGGACGCAACCAAUUCUACGAUCAGCCCGGAAGCUAUUACCCAAGAAACAAUUACAGAGGCCGAGGCGGCAGAGGUAUGGGUAGCAACUAUAGUUACCAUGCUUCUGCGAGUAACACUGGCCAUGUUCAGAUGGCAUCUUGAUAUUUUGUUUAGGGUGGUUAUCGGGUUUCUGCGUCUUGGGGGUAGGUUGAAGCAUUGCUCAUGAGUUGAUAAUUAUGGUUCUAGUGAAACCUGUUGCACCCUCUUUUUGUAGUUCCGUGAAUGGGAAAGUACAAUUUUAGAGAAUGAAAUCUUUUUGAAACUGCAAUGCUUGUGCAUCUUAAUUUUUGUUUU